AUGAAACGUUUGAGAUUAUUAUUAUUGAAUUUCAGCAAAACUGAUGCUGUUGAGGGUGAAGUUAAGGAAUACAAGAAUAGCAAAAAGAUGAUGUGGACUGAGGAGAACAGGAACCACAAUAAAUUUAAUGGCAAUGAACAGAUGCCUAAGAGCAAGUCUGAAUUAAUUUCCAUCUAUGGUUAUGAUAUCAGGAAUGAAGAGGGACCUCCAAGAUCUAGGAGGAUGUAUUAUGGACGAAGUGCUAACAAGUAUACUUGCAACUGGGAAGACGAAGUUGCGUACAGCAAACUGGCUACAUCGGUCAACACGAAGAAACCCACUAGAAAGUCUAGAACGAGUCCGCAAUUAUACCAAAUUGCCGAGGAGAAAAAAAACUCGAGCCAUCAACAUCCACCAUUUCACCAUUCAUCACAGAACGAUACACAGAAUAAUAAGAAUUGUAAUACCAUUGACACUGGAAGAGAUACCAAACCAAAUAGGGAUAUCAAAUAUUCAGUUUGUAAGGGUUUUACUAAAUCUCGUCAAUUUACGCCGAGGACCCAGAACGAUUUGGGAAGGGACAAGGAAUCCCCGCAUAGCAAGAACAAUGACAACAAACGUUCGACACAUGAGAUAGAAAAGGAAAUUGGAAAACUGAGUGUGCAACAGCAGGUGUACGGUAAGAAUUGUAUUAAUAGGCAUGACGCAGGUAACAGGCAAGGCAACAUGCCACCACGUGUGCAAGGAAUGCCCAAGGGCGGAUGUAAGACGUACAGCUCCAGACAAGAGUCAUUGCCAGAGUCGGCGAAUCCGUUACCGUUCGACCAGCAAGAUGGAUAUUUUGUAAAUGUCGAGUAUGGUCAAACCCAACACCAACCGAAUGCUCAGCAGUCACGACAGCAACCACUGCUGCAACAUUCUCCCGCCCAGAUGCCCGCAAUUCAUCUGCCUGCUUUGCCACCAUUAGUCCUCGUUAGGACCACAUCCCUGCUUUCUCAAUUCGGCGCUGCAUUUGCUCAAGCUCCGCCGCAGUUCUUACAAGCCGCUCCGCCUCUCUUCAUCCCGCAACAAACCCCACAUAUCAUUAACUACGUUCAGUCCCAAUUCGCAACUCACCAACAAACAUAUCUAGAAAAUGGAGGAAUCACUUAUUAUUCUGUACAGGAUCAGCAAGUGACGCAAAGAGCUGCUUCUCAGAAACGGCCAAAGGCAGCCAUCCCCAUUGUCCUCCCGCCAUCACUGGAAUCUCGCGGAAGAGGGCGUACGACUCAAGUGGCAAAGACAUCGAAUGCGCCUGACGUUGAAUUGAAUGUGGAAGCGGCGCCCGUUCCUAAUUGCGAGGAUGCCGAUGCCGCCUCAGCGGUGGCCGUGAAACAAUGA